AUGUUUAACCUAAACACAGACAACCAUUCCUUAGAAUUAGCACUUGCUAACACAAAUGUGCAAUUUCAUGCUCAGAUCAAAAUAGGAUGUAAAGCAGAAUAUCUCCAAGGCCCAACCUGGCAAUCUGGAUUUGCACCGCCUCUCCUGACCAAGGUGGUGUGCAGCACGGGAUGGGCUGAUAAGCCCCUGCAGUACCAAGCAACGGUGCCCCAGAGCCUGAAGAGCAACCUGCAGGAGUGGGGCAUAACAGAAGAGGCCCAAAUGGCAGUCAUCUAUGCCCAGAUCAAGUAGAAGGUCAAGGCUGUCUUGAGGGCUUACAUGGAACAGGCAGAGUUGUCAGCGGAACAAUAUUUGAGGGGGGUGGGGCACAAGGCCCAGACUGAUGUGAUCGGUGUGGAUUUUCUGCUGACCUUGGUACUGCAGUUGGUGGCCCUGGAGAUAAACUGCCAGAUGUGCCUGGAGACCUGCACUCUCUUCAAGUCCAUGGGCCAGACAGUGGGGAUGCCAAGAGGUGACUUGUCCCAGCCUCUGAUAGAGAUGAUGCUGUGGUAUACAUAGUGCUGCCUAAUGGUGGGCAAGCAUAUGCUGGUGAUUGGGACUGGAGGAGUCAGCAAAAAUUUAAUCUGGGAGACAGCCAGAGAUUACAGGCUAAAAAUCCAUCUGGUGGGAUUGGACGCCAACCACUUUGCCUCCCAGCUGGUACAGACCUUCAUCCACAAUGAUAGCAUGGACCAUGAGUGGGACAAGUAACAUGCCCAGUGUGUGGUCUGCCUCUUCUACUGGUUUGACUGCAUGGUGCUGAUGGCUCUAGUGUGCAAGCAGCUAGGGUUGUGCUGCAGCUUGACAGCUGCCAUAUGGGUGCCCAAGCAAAAGAGCCACACCCACCAGCAUCUACUGUGCCAAUGUAAAGACAUAUGCUCAGACUGGCCCUCCACUACCCUCUAUACCAUCCCCUGCUGGUAUCUGGAGUGCCAGGCCAAUGUGGAGUGAUCUGUCCACCACCUCUCCUUCCUAGGUGUCAUGAAGCUGAAGCAUGUGGGUGCCAUGGGCAUCAAGUUGGUGAAGGAUAGGCCUAUUGGUUCUCAUGGAGUAUGUCAGGCACAGAGCAUCUUUGAGGUCAUCUUUGAGGAGCACAUGCUGGCUGCCUUUGUAUCUGACAAUGGGUCCACACAUGUGCCCUACUUCACAGAGAGGGUGACAGGCAUGCCCACCUGCCUGCCAUCCAACUGUGAAGCCCAGCUGGUGCACACCACCUACUAA